CUCUAACCCUGUUCUUCCUGAGUAACUUUGGCCAAUGAAGAUACUUUAAGGGAGCUCGUGUCAGCGGAGAUGUUGGCAGGUGCGUUAGUUCUGGGCACCAUCCUUACAGCUUUGCCAGGUAUCCAGAGCAGGUGGAGCGUGUCAUUCUCUCGGAGGGAGAUCUGUGUGUGGGCGGGAACUACUGUCACUCUGCCCUGUCGCUAUGACUACCCAUCAGGUCACAUUGUGAAGCGGGUCAUGUGGUUCCGUGUGUCUGCAGAGGGUCGCAGGGAGUUCACUUACCACACUGACCCGAAUGAGAUCAGCCUGUCAUACCGUGGACGCACGCGCUACAUCGGGGGUAGCUACUCCAGCUGCUCAGUGCAGAUUCGGGUGGUGAAGCUGAGUGAUGCAGGCCAGUACCACUUCAGGUUUGAGACGGACCAACCACUGGGGAGGUGGACGUCCCCGAAUACCAUCACCCUCCAUGUAACGGACCUGCGGGUCCAGGUGCAUCCAGCGAGGCCCAGGAACAUGUUUGGCUUUGCAGAGACUGUGUUUGUAGGCUGCCAGGCAACAGGAUGUGCUGCUCCGGGAAGGAGCCUGGCCCUGUACAGGAAUGGACUAAACCUGGGCUCUUAUGAGAAAUGGAUGACCAUCAACCGCUUCGACCAGCAGCAUGCUGGAGCGUACACCUGUCGACCAAUCCCACCACAGAACGUGCAGUCCCCACCCCUCACGCUGGCUCUGGGAUACACUCCCCGCUACACUACCAUAGCAGUCUUCCCAGUAGGGGGUCUGUCAGAGGGGGAGUCGGUCACACUCACCUGCAGCAGUGACGCAGCUCCACCUGUGGAGAGCUUUGCAUGGUUCAAAGACAUGGAGAGUGGUAGCAUCCCAGACAGUUUUCGGCCCCAGCUCCGUCUGUCCCACGUCCGACACACAGACAGAGGAGAGUACUUCUGUGUAGCACGCAACUCCCUGGGAACAGACCGCUCCAAACCUCUUCUACUCAACGUCACUUACUCUCCAAAGAACACGCGUGUGCUGGUGAGUCCUUUAGCAGACAUCAGAGAGGGCUCGUUUGUAAACCUGAGCUGCGUCUGCCAAGCCCACCCUCCUGCCAGCAGGUAUGCUUGGUAUCGUAUCUUAGGUGACCAGGUGCUGUCUAAAGGAAGCUUCCAGAACCUGACGUUCCCCUCAGUGCGCGCUCACCUCGCUGGGCAGUACUACUGCACGGCGUGGAACCACUUAGGACACCAGACCUCCCCCGUCGCUACGCUCUCUAUACUCUACCCUCCUAAGAACACUUCAGUUCUGGCUCGUCCCUCCGGUGUGGUGGACGCCGGCCGACCUCUGACCUUGACCUGCAGCAGUCAGGCCAACCCGGCAGUGGACAACUUCACAUGGCACCGCUUAGCUCUAAACGGUGGCCCUGUACAAUCCUGGGGCAGCAAGUCCGGUCCUGUCUUCACCUUCUCGGAGGUCGGCCCGAGAGAGAGCGGUCAGUACUACUGCGAGGCGAGAAAUCGAAUCGGAGCCCACAGCUCUCCUGUCCUCACUGUGCGGGUCAGAGGUCGUCUUAAGGUCAUUGCCCUGGCGUCAGCAGUAGGGGUGUCUGCUGGACUCAUCACUCUCACUGUGGCCAUUAUGAUCAGUAAGAACAUGCACAGGGUGGACAUGGAGUCAGGAGAAGUAGCAAACAAGCGUCCCUCGUUGACAGCUGACACCAUGUUCUAUGAGUCAGCCCAGCAGACCUUUCCAGUGAGAAAGGGCAAGAUGUCCGACAUACCGGAGGAGCCAGAGGACCUGAGUGACAGCCAUCCCGCCAUCGUUCCUAUGAAAGAUGCUCCACCAAUCACAGAAAUGAAAAGCCCCGCCCCCAACUACAUCACUGUCCACUACUCCAAGUUGUCUAGCCGGGACCAGGUGCAGAUCCACAACCUGCCACUGGGGGGUGAUAGGAAGCCAAAGGAUUCCCCCAACGUUGUUUACACUUUACUGCAGCAGCCUCUUCACUGA